UGCCCCUCUUCAACCCUGGCUUCUAGCCAUCAGCGUGCUUGCAAGUCAUAAAGAGCUUCAACUUUCCGUGACAGAAUCUUCAAAGCUCACGCCGCAUAAACGAGAGGACUCGGAAGAAACUUUGUCCACCGUCAAGGCAAGAGCUGUUGAAUCUCUCAAAAUCACCGGGCAGUCAACCAACCAAUCAAGGCAAAGGGCAUCCCCAGACGCCAUCUACGCAACCACGAAUCCCAGCCGGGAUUCCCCUUUCAGCUCAACGCGAGCCAAGGAGACGAAACGACACCGCGGCCAGCAGCACAACCACAAGAUUGGUCAGAGUAAUACUGGUUUCCUGUUCCACCCUCUUGACGGCCCUAACUUCAGCAUGGAUUCAGUGGGAGUGAAUGUUAUUGAAACUGCAGCUCUGGGGAGACCCUUCCAGCUGGGGAUGCUGUAUGACUGCAGAAAAGAUGCACUAAUACCAGGAAUCACACUAUGGGACAAAGAGCAGCUGCAACAGAGUAUACAUGCUCAUCCUCAAAUUACUACAGGUCUCAGUGUUACAGCUUCAGACUCCUUUGAGGAAAAAUCUAACUUGAUGAACAUUGACGGUUGUCUAAAGUUGAGUCUUUUAAGUGGACUCGUCAAUGUAAGUGGAGCAGCCAAAUAUCUUAGUGACACCAAAAAGUCCUUCCAACAACAGAGACUGACUCUACAUUAUUCAUCAACCACCAAGUUUGAAGCCCUGACCAUGAAUCACUUGGCUUCUGGAAAUAUAGGUUACUACGAAGUGUUUGAUAAUGACACAGCCACACAUGUGGUGACAGCUGUGCUGUAUGGGGCAAAUGCUUGCUUUGUUUUUGAUAGAGAAGUUUCAUCAGAUGAAGACAAGAGCAUUGUAGAAGGAGAUGUAAAAGCUGCCUUUGAGAAACUAAAGGGAAUUCCAAUAGAUGCACAGAUUGAUCUGAAAAUGGAUCAAAAUCAAAAGACUGACAUUAAAAAAUUCAGUUGCACGUUUCACGGUGACUUCCAGCUACCAUCUAAUCCAGCCUCUUUUGAAGAUGCUUUGAAGGUUGUUGCUGAUCUUCCAAAACUACUGGGAGACAACAAAGAACUUGCAGUUCCAUUGAGAGUUUGGCUUUACCCCUUGGACAAACUACAUUCAUCUGCUGCAAAACUUCAAAAAGAAAUCCACACAAGUCUAAUCAGAAAUCUUGAAUCCGUAAUUGAGUGCUUAAACAUCGCUGAAAUGAAAUGCAGUGACCUUCUGAAUGAUAAACCAUCUUUGGCAUUUGCAGGAUUUCAUAAUAAAAUAAUGCACAUGAAGCAAAAUUGCUGCUCCUAUAAGUUGAGUCUCAUGAAGAAAAUUGGCUCUCUGUUGCCAAAGAUCCGUGGGGACUUUGAAAAGGAAACAGCCCUGAUUGAUCUUCUGCGUCAUCAUGAUGAAUGUCCAUUCAGAGGAAGUGAUCUUGAACAAUGGAUCAAAGAGAAAGAAACAGAAUCAGUCACAAUUAAAGCAUUGCUUAGACAACUGGAUGAUUCUGGAGCAAAGGUGAAGGAGAAUCUGGAUGAGAUUUUGAUGGAUCUGGAUGUUGAAAAUGUGGUUAGCUACACUUUCACAUCAUUUGAGAGGCCCGAUGUCCUCCUUUCUAGACAAAAGGCCUUGCUGAGUCUAUCAGCAAAAGACCACAGUGUUGGGAGUGCACCUGAUCCUGAACAAAAAACCAUGUUCACUCCUAACGUCAAAAUGAAUAUGAGGAGAAACCUGACAAUCUUUAAAAACCUGAUCAAAUCAAAUAUAUGUGAAUCAACUAAAUUUAUUGUUACAUCAAAAGAGAUGAAAAACCUUCCAGGUUCCUGCAUUCUCCUGUAUGAAAAUGGAUCUGAGGAAGCCACCUGCUUCACUCCUCCAUUAAAACCAUCCUGCCCAGUCAUUGAGCAGAUCACAGAUCAUAGAGUUGUUUUGAAGGUGUCUUCAUCAUGUCCUGCAACAGAAGAGCUCAGGAUACUGUACAAAAUGAAAGAGGGAAAGAACUGGAUAUGUCAAUCUGUGCUACAGGGACAAAGCACAGCUACUCUGACAGAUCUCAGACCACGCACUGAGUAUGAGGUCACAUGUGUAUCUGUGGGGAAACUGAACGUCACCGUAGACAGUGAUGUCAUCAGAGUUACUACACACCCAAACCAAAGCAGAGAGGUAUGA